AUGUCUACCAGAUUUUCUCUAUGUAUCGUUGUUUUCUUGGUACUCAUUACCCUACUUGAAUUUUCAACAAGCAGCAAAAGCAAAAAAAGCUCUAAACCAUACGGUACAAACACGAAAGAUUCACAUGGCAAGCAUGGUAAACAUCGUAAAAAUGAAGGUGCAAUGACAAUUGCAAACCGCUACCUGAUGAGUUCAAGCAUUAUAGCCUCAGUUUUCCUAUAUCGUAAUCUGAUGAUUUUCACAUGAUUGAAAAACCAACAGAAAACUGGUCAACCUCGCUGUCAGUGAAUCACCUAUGAAUGUCUGUUAUUCGAUUCACAUCAUGACAUAAAUGUUUCCGGCAUUCAUUUGUAACGAUG